AUGGCCGACGAGCAGACUGAGGUGGUGCAGGGGGCUAGUUGGAAGUACGUGCGUCUCGAGCGACUCCUCAGCAGCCCCGAGAUAUGCGUCUUGCGCGUCGACAGACCUCCCGUGAACGCACUGGGCUCCCCGUUGCUCUCAGACCUCAACCGCGCCCUCACCUUCGCCGAGAAGGCCCCCGACAUCCGCGCAAUCGUCAUCGCAGCGGUCCCAUCCGCCAGGGGGGUGUUUUCGGCCGGGCUGGACCUCCAGGAGCUAGCGGCCGCCCGCUCCGAGGACGACCUGCGGCAGAUGGCGCACCUCUUGUCCGACUGGUACGCCAGGCUGCUCGUGACGCCGCUCGUGACCGUCGCCGCGAUCCGCGGGUUCUGCGCGGCGGGCGGAUGCAUGAUGGCCAUGUGCUGCGAUGUCAGGGUCAUGACGGAGGGGUCGCGGAUGGGCCUGAACGAGCUGCAGCUCGGCAUGCGCGUGCCCGUGUCGUGGGCGGUGCUCAUGGCGCGGCUCGUGGGCGACGCGGCCGCGGACCGGCUCUGUCUCGGCGCCGCGCUGGCGGACGACGCGACGUGCCUGCGCGUGGGGCUGGUGCAGGAGGUCUGCGGGCCGGACGCGGUGCUGCGGCGCGCUGUCGCGGCCGCACGGCCCAUGCUCGCACACCCUGACGCCCCCCGCGCCGGGUACAAGAAGGAACGCCUGAGUCAGCUCGCGCUGGACGUGGCCGCGGAGGGGCUGCGGAUCGCGCAGGACGCGUCGUCGUUCUUCCUGGACCCGCGGAACGCGGAUCGCAUCAAGCAGAUCCUCGGGCGCGGGGCAAAGGCUCCCAAACAGUCCAAAUUGUGA